AGUUGUGUGCGUGUGUGUAUUGUUUCUAUUAUUUCGCAAACAACAUAAACAUUGGAACUGUAUGUGAAAUCGUUUAACGCCUCCAACUGCAGAGAUCAUGUCUUUGGCACAAUUUUGGCUGCUGGCGUUGGGCGUCAUUUGUUCAGUGAGUCAGCGCUGCACGUGCAGCUUUUAUUUACAUGAGGAGGGGCGUCAUCCGUGCGCCUUCAUCGAUACGAUCAACAUCACAGGCAGCUAUGCCAUGGACAGUUCCAUGAACAGCAGCUAUGUGCACAACUGGAUGGUCAUACCCAAGGAGCUGGUCACAGCCUAUGACUUUGUCAUAGAGAAUGGCAUACGCGUGCCGGCUCCAACGCAUCUGCGUGCGUGUAUCUGCAAGCAAAAGCCCUGCGUGCGCUUCUGCUGCCCACCGGAGCAGUUCUAUGAUCUUCAUCAACACGCCUGCGUUUCGGCAUUGGUUGAGCCACAGCCGCCUGGUCAUAAUCACAUGACUGUUGAGCUAAGCAAUGGCACACAGCUGCAGCUGGAGCAGACGGCGCAGUUUAGCGUCCACAUUGAAGCGCCCUGUAAGCAAAUGAAUGCGGUCACCAAGGAUGAGCAGUACUUGAACUGGACUCUAUACGAGAAUGGUUCCAUUAUUCAUGCCCAACUGCUGUUUACCAAGCACUAUUGCUUUACCCCGAUACUAGCGUCUGACCGCAGCUGGAGCUGGCAGCCCUUGGCCUGCGCACCCGAGAAGUUGCGCUUUUCAUUGGGCGUACGCGAAUGGACCUAUGCUAUAUGUCUGCUCAUCUCCAUCAUAUCCAUGUUUAUAGUGCUGGUCGUGCACUUGCUCUGCUCGGGUAUGCGUAAUUCGUUCUAUGGCGUUGCCAUCAAGGCCUACACCAUUUGUGUUAUCUUUGGCUAUGCCCUGCUGGCGCAUCUGACGCUUCACAAUCCGGCCAAUCUGUCAACAGCCGCCUGUCGCAUUCUACCCAGCUUCACUUUGCUGUUUCUGGUGCUCUCCUUUUAUAUAUUGAGCUUCAUAUCGUUUAAAUUGUUUCUGAGCUUUCAAGGCGUCGUGCUCACUAAGCUCAUGUUCUGGAUGAUUCUUGGACCUAUUGUACUUAUAGCCAUAGGCUGGUCUUUCUUUGUAGGCUUUAGCUAUCACAAGUCCAGGCUGGUCUUUGGCGCCGACACUUGUUGGUUCGAUCCUCGCAACUGGAGCAUUAUGAUUUACUUCUAUGCACCCAUCUUUAUUGCCUGUGCCAUCAACUGCUUCUUCUAUAUACUCACGCUAAUCUGCAUAAGCGAUGAGCCCGAUCUGGAGGCAGAAAAGAGUUUCGAGUCCAUGGAACGCAAUCGCCUCAAUUCGUUUUGGAAAUUUUUCACCUACACUGGACUCACUUGGUUCGUCUUUGUGAGUUCAUUUGCGCUCAAUUAUUAUCGCGGAGAGAAGUCGCAUUUGAAUUAUGCCGUUUGCAUCUGCACAGCUUUUCAUGGAUUCGCAGCUCUCUAUGCGCUCAUUGGAAAAAAUCAACAGAUACAAAACUGUUUGCGUCGCAUUGAAUAUAAUAAUGAUGAAGACACUUGCGAAAAUUCGGUGCCAAUGUCGUCAGUCUACUGAGCGAGCUGCUUUCAAAUUUAAAUUAGGCGCCUAAGCAGUUGUAAAUACAGUAUAUACCAAAAGUAAGCACGUAUCAUCCAAGCAGUGCGUGCAAGCAGUGCAUAACGAACAAAAUAAAGAAACUGUUGGCUCGCCG